UCGAGCGGCAGGAUGCAUUCGCGCUGCCCGGAGUCAUGAAGUGGUGCUUUGGAUUAUAAGCCUGGCAGCAUGGCGUUCCAUAUAAAGCAAGAAGACCUGAGCUCUGAAGUGGCCAGCACUUGGGUGGGACCCUGGGGCUUCCCCCACGCGCCCGAGAGUGGUGGUGUGCUCUACGGUGGAAGUACUGGUGACUCCAUGGGGGGUGAUGCGUACUCGAGUCCGAAGCCGAGCAGCACACCCCCUAGUGAUGGUGGUGGGGUAGUGAUUGGGCAGCAGACAAAAUCGGGGGGCAGGGGGUCGCAAGAGCAGCGUAUCAGGAGACCCAUGAAUGCAUUCAUGGUGUGGGCCAAAGGAGAACGGAAGAGGUUGGCUGAUGAGAAUCCUGAUCUGCAUAACGCCGAUCUGAGCAAGAUGUUAGGCAAAAAAUGGCGAAGCCUGACCCUGCAGGAAAGACGCCCGUAUGUCGAGGAAGCCGAGAGACUCCGCCUGCAGCACAUGCAGGACUACCCUAACUACAAGUACAGGCCCCGUCGGCGCAAGCAUGCUAAGCGGAGCUCCCGCAAGGGAAGUCCUUCGCCACCCGCUUCGGCAUCGCCUCCGGGCUACAGCCAGUAUGCGUACGAAACCCCUACCGACGUGGCAGGACUGCAGACGCCGGACGCAAGUCCCCACGGCAGCCCGUGUUCCGACGCCAUGCGCCGUCCCGAGAACACCAACUUGGUGUACCAGCCAAUCUCUGUGAAGGAACCUCCUCAGCUGACGAUGUCCCACGCGAUGCGGUCCUCUUUGCCGACUCCCGAGAUGUCGCCCAUAGAACCCGAGCAAGAUGGCAUCAUCCUGGUUAAGGACGACAACAGCCAUCUGACGCAACUCAUGUGCAAGUUCGAUAACAAGUCGCAGUUUCUGAAGAACAUACGUCCACCGUACAGGACGCAAGUGAAUAUGCGCCAGCAGCAUCAGCAGCAGCAUUUCCAAAGCGGCCCCGCUCCACAACUCCGAGCUCUCAUGGCGGGCUACCCGUACCCCACCAAUCCAGGCCAUCCGUACUACCAGGACCGUUCCGCCUGUGCAGUACAGUCGUCCGGAUAUCAGCCCAGCGCACCUCCGCCAUACCCUCAACAGGGCUACUAUGCGGAAAUGCAGUACCAGGACCAGCAGUUCCUGGACCACAAUGAGCUUCAGCAGUACUUCGACCCUACCGUGUCAUCAUCAUCAGUCUCCUACACUCAAGGCACUCCUGUCGUGACAUCCUCGGGGAUGUACGACACAGAAAGCAUGUACGGUCACAGCAUGUACCCUCAGGAAGCGGCGGCUGCAGAAGACUACGCUAUGUACGGUUCGCAGUCGUCAUCUCAGUGUCCCGUCUACCCAAUGACCGAGUCUGCGCUCACUGGUGAAAGUGACGGGAAUUCCGUGGCACCAGGCGGCGGGAUCAUUGCAGCUCUGGCAGAGACGCGUCAGAUUAUGUCUUGAUCAUGAUUGGCCGACUAAGCGAGCAGGACUUCUGGCGCGAGUCUUUCUACCAAAGAGCCUUCUCUCUCAACUCCGUGUGCUCGUGCCUUCGUUUGUUGACCGUCUAUGACGUCAUGCAGGAGCCGUCACAGACUUCUCAAGACGACUUGAAGUGCUUUUCUAGGACCGGUGAAAUUUUGACCUAACAGACGUUGUCGCUCGUAUGUGAUAGCGCUUGUCUAGGGCUGCAAUCGAGCCGCAGCUGCCCAAGUUUGUUCCGCCUGUAGGCGAGGCGCGAUGAACUGCGUGAUAUGUUCUUUCUUUCCCCUCGCAAUAUUUUUGUCCAGCAUUGACGUGCGUCCGAGUUCACUUUAUUAAGCCAGCUUCAAUUACCUGAAAUCUACACGGUCUGCAGUCUCUCAUAAAGCGAUGUUUGCAUAGUGACACCGAUAGGAUCCGAUUCGGCUUUUAUCAUCUUUUAUUACCUCUACCCUUACUAUUAUUAUUUUAGUAGAAACUGUAAGAAAACUCUUCGGUGUUAUAAGUUUUUCUCCUAUAUAUAAGGUUUCCCCUAUAAGGUUUUCCCUUCAUCUCCACCGUAGCGAACGUUGACCAUACAGUCUGUUAAACGUUAACUGUUUUUGUGACUCGUAUUUAUUUGCUGAUGUUUCAGCAUGUAUCCAAUCUUUUGACUUUCGGAAGCUGGCUUAAUUAACUGCCCUCUGGAUCGCAUGUGUGCGCGUCUUGUAAGCAUGGCCUACCGUCAGUGCAGCAUGACGGACCAACGCAAGCCUUCUAUGGCUCCAGUUGAGCCAACCGGUGAUUAUGUGAUGCUGCACUUCACACAUGGCCUCCUAUUGUCGUGUAUGCGAUGAGCAGGUGAGGCCUGGCGUGACUGGACCGGGUGGUACUAGUCACAGACACGUCCGACACCUCCGGUCCCCCUCGUCACCCAGUCCUGCAUCUGGUCACAUGUGGUGACCCUCAUAUUUUCUUGCGAGAAACGUGAAAAGUGUUUGGGGGACUAUUGCUCGAGCAGCGGCUACAACUGUGUUUGAGGAUCUCAGAUAGUAAAGGUGGCCACUUAUCUGAAAGUACAACUGCACUUUAGUGCUUAUCAAUUCAGGAGUAUGCAGAUCAGGUUGGAACUCGAAGCUGAUAAAGUAUGCUUACUACAUAUAUAGGUAGCACAGUUCGGGCCCACAGCUAAGUCCCACCAAUGAGAGAAAGAGGAAAUCGUUACGUAUCUUUAUCAAUGCGAGCUUAGGCAUGUUUUGGCAAGUGUGUCAUUCCUCUUGCGAAGAUGGUGUUUGCCCUGGUACCCUCUUGGUCGAUUCCUCACGGCUGUCAUAGGCUGACUGUCUUUCUUUUCUUCUGAAGCCUAGUUCUUGCGAGACGAUAUUAACGUGGUUCCGGUACCAUCAACACCGAGCCCCGUACAACAUGAUUUACAACUUUGUUGAUGUCAUAAUGACCAUUGAGUCUUACAUCAUUACAUCGGCACUUUCUCCGCCUGAGUGUACUAGGCUUGAGAGGGAGGGACACAGGGCGAUAAGGGACAACGGCACCUAGGUACAGAAGGCCUGUCUAGUGCUUCUUCUCCCUCCUUCGCCACGCGGACGAAAAAGUCGGGUUGUCGUCUGCUUCGGCCAAUCUCCGCAGACGAUCUCAAACACAGGCUUCCUCUGGCUACCAGUGGCUUCCCACGCGGCUGAUGGCGACUUGUCGCCAUAGACCAGACUUUGUCUACCUAGGUGGCGUUGCAAAGGGCAAGAUUGGCGUGCUUAAACUUGAGAUGACAGAAGUACAGCUGUGUUAUGCGUGAUCCUUGAUGGAUAUUUCUCUGAAACGACUGAAUGUCCUCAAGGCUGAAGUGCCUCCCACCGACCAAUGGUGAAAUUAAGUGAAGUAUAUUGGCGGAGUCUUUGUCAUAAUGAAAUACGAUGAAACGGCGUCACCGCGCGAAGCUCCCCCUAGCGUGACAUUCCGAAGUAUUAUGGGUGGCUUUUGUUUGGCGGUUUCGUUGUCUGUUUGUGGCUCAACCGUUACUUUCUGUUUUCUCCCGGUCGGUACUUUCAUCGUCUCUGUAAAUAGAAAAAGUUAUUAUUAAUAUUAUUGUACAGUACCGAGAAAGAAAGAAGUAUAUAUUAUUAUAUAUUAUGAUGAGAAGGAGUUAAUGAGCAUAGGUAAUUAUGCACGUGUGUCUUUUUCUGUCGUUUCUCUCUCUUUCCUCUCUCUUUUUCUCUUAUUUUUUUUUCGUCACAUUCCACGGUGUUCCGCAAAAGUAUUGGACAGGGUGCGUGUUUGAUUUCUUCCUUCUGUUUUUCCUGCGACGCGAAUAGGGCCCUUUGCAAUGACGUAGUACGUUUCCGUGUACUUGUAGCUUUAGGUCUAAAAAGCUAAUUAAAUACGACCUUACAUUUCGUGUGUGCAGUAGGCACACUUCGGGAACCGGUUUAAGCACAAUCCAGAAAUCACAAAAUGCCUACAAUGCGUUUAUUCAUCGACGUGCCUUACAGAUAAUGGUGCUUCCCUAACAUUGGCGAGAAGUCUCCUCUUUACAAGAUAUGACCAACUGGUUAAACCGGGACUACAUGGUGCUAUGAUGUCUCACCGUAGUUUCGAAGUGGGUGCUUCACAGUCCCGUUUCUCAAGUUGCGAUGAUGUGAUACAAGAGUUAACCAAUUGGAUGAGCUCCUAUUAUUGAGACAUUUAUCUCUGAAGCACCAAAGUGCCUGCAUUUUGCCAGUCUUGGAAUCAUUGGUAGGUUGCCAAGCUAUCAUAUUUUAUACUGUUAACUUUACCUUUUCUAACAAUGGUUUCUAAGCUCACGAUCUCUCAAGUACACAUCUUUCACAACAUGCUGUAUUGCACCAAACAACUCUACAAACCGAGUUCUAUCGAGCAGUAUAUAGGGUGCGAGCAUCCGUAGUGACAGUAAAAUUGCUUACCUUUACUGGCUGCACGAAUAAUGCCACACAGUAUUCCGUCCACGUUUUAUAGUGCAAUAUUUCCCAUCUUUGUACUCGUGUCAAUUAUUUCUGUUGAACUAUAAUGCAUUGAUUUGGAUUCAAACUUUGUUAGGACUCACUUGUACUGCACGUUGAUAAUUGUUUCUGGUACGCGUACCAUCCGUACGGGAGAUAGAAUAGCGAGUUUUUCGUGCACCGUACGCUAUAGCCUUUGCGUGCGUGGUGGUUCUCCGCAAUGCGCGAAGCUCUCAUUAUGCUUUGCACACGCGCAGAACCACCAACACGCAAACCUUACCCUUACGUACGCAAAGGCAAUAGCGUACGGUGUACUAAAACUCACUAGUGAUAAGUUAACGUUGUGAUAAGUGAUAACGUUACCGUUUAGACGUACCAACAGAUAUAAAUCAAACGUUAAUUUCCUGUAGGAAGCACAGCUCCCUGUAAACCAAAAUUCUCAGGUUGCUGCGACGAAUUACUGCUGUCCUUUCCAUUAUUUAUGUCUUCUAUGUCUUUUGAAUGGGAAAGGAGGACAUGCUGGUGGCACCUGAGUGGACCGUACUUUUGUGAUGGGCCACAGAUGGAGACACGCCACCUGUGCAUGUCACGUUUCUGUUUUUCCUUGAUGGAUGAGCACCGAGUGAGUUUUGUCGCAUGUGUCCCGGAGCUAUAAGAACGGUUUUUCGAAUAAACUUGUUCUGUGUUUCCAACU